CCGGCGCAGCUCUUCGGGCUCUGGAGCCACGCGGCCGGUGCUGUGGCGUGCUUUACCGAGCCGCCCCAGCCAGGCUGCCCUCAGACCAAGCGGGAGGGGAGGCACCUCGCUGUGAGCGAGAGAGCCGGGGCAGGCCGCAGGGGAAGGCUCGGAGUUGGCUGGGCUGCCGUGCCCAGGCUGUGGUUGGCUGAUUUGCCUGAAGCAGCGGCCUGGUGCUUUCCUGCACGGGAAUCCCCAGCUGACAGAUACCUUGGGGGUGAGAAUAGCGAGUGCCCCAGCGAGGGCUGAGGUGUUCUGUUGAAUACCAGAUCCUGUUCCUCAAAUACACGUGCACUUUGUGGUGUACCAGACUGGUCAUGGUUGAUGCCCUCUCGUUGCUUGUGGGAAGCGUUGCCCUGACUUGGCACGUCCCUCAAACUGGGCUGGUGCUUCUGGGAAAUGCUGCCAUCCUGAAGUCUCGCUUAUGGGAAAUGAUACGUUUUUAAAAUUUGUUUGCAUUAAUGUGUUGUGUGACAGCUCUCUGAUUGCAUGGGAUGUGAAGAAGUUACUGUGAUACAGUAAGUGGAGGUAGGGACAGCAUUCUUGUAAUAGUUUUUGCCUUCCAUUUUAAUGCAAAGCUUUCUUCUCGUCUCCUAUUUGUUGUUUGUUUGUUUCUGUUUAAGCGGUGUCCUCUGGGCUGGGAAGCUUCCCCUUCUGCUGAUCCUCAGAGGCACACUCCCUGAGCCAUCUGCACUGCAGGGCCUUGCUGAUCUCCAUCUCAGACCCCUGCCCCUUCACGGGGUCACUGGGGAAAGACCAUGGCCGACACUGGGGAGGGGAAGAAGGAGGAAGCUGAUUAUAAAAGACUGCACAGCUUUCCACUGAUUAGGCACACAGACAUGCCGGAGGAGAUGCGCGUAGAGGCCAUGGAGCUGUGUGUCACAGCGUGUGAGAAAUAUGCCACGAACAAUGAGAGUGCUGCCAAGAUGAUCAAAGAGAUGAUGGACAAGAAAUUUGGAUCUUCCUGGCACGUGGUGAUUGGUGAAGGGUUUGGCUUUGAGAUCACUCACGAGGUGAAGAAUCUGCUGUACAUGUUCUUUGGUGGCAGCCUGGCUGUGUGUGUCUGGAAGUGCUCCUGACAUCUGGCUGGCUCGCAGACUUGCUGCAUACAGGAGAUUUCUUCCUUCACAGAUUUUGUACAAUGUGGAGGUGGGGCUUUAAUAGUUAAAACAUCGAGAUUUCUUUCCAUA